AUUUACUUCCACGACGUCGCCGCGGGUAGGAUGAACUUCGACGACAACCGCAAGAUCGGGACGCUGCUCCUAGGCCUAGGCUUCGCUUUCCUGUUCUUGGGGGUGAUGCUCUUCUUCGAUGCCGCGCUGCUCGCCAUCGGCGACGUCCUCUUUCUCUCCGGUCUGGCACUCACCAUCGGCUUGUCGCGGACGAUCAAAUUCUUCACCCGGGUCGAACGUUGGCGCGGUAUCGUGUGCUUCCUAGGCGGGAUCGUCUUGGUCAUGGUGCGCUGGCCGAUGGUCGGCAUGGUCGUGCAGUCAUUUGGCUUCUUGAACCUCUUCGGCUCGUUUUUUCCCGUGGCCGUUGCGUUCUUGCGGCAAACGCCCAUCAUCGGCACCGUCCUGAACCUCCCUGUGAUCGGCGACAUUGUCGACAAGUUGGCUGGGGCGCAGAAACGAGGGUAUCAAGUAUAACAUGCAUUACGUUUCCUUGUCA